AAUGAGCGAGUCGAUUGACUGCCAGCUGAGUGACAACUACAAAAACUAUUAAGUGCCAUUGAAGAAAAAAAUCAGAAAAAAGUACUAGUUAGAGAAUAUUGUUUAACAUGUUUGUCAAUAAAAUUGUGGUCUGCACGACAUUGCUUCUAUUGAGCAGUGCUGUUCAUUCGCAAAUAUUGUUUGGUCUGAAAAAUAAUGGACCAACGCCAGCGGCUAUCGAUGGGCAGGAGGGCUCGCCACCCAAUCCAUUGUCAAGCAGUAGCAGCACCACCUCAACCACUUCCACAACAACAACGAGUACAGUAAAGCCGAGCUCCUCCACUUCGACCUCCACGUCGACUUCGACUUCGACUUCAACAUCAACCAGCACUGAGCCACCAAAGACCACAACCACACCAGCUCCAGUGCCGACCACCACCCACGCUCCCCAACCUUAUCCUCAACCAACAGCCGGCACUUGGAAUGCCUCCUGUAUUCUCCUCACAAUGGCCACCCAAUUCAACUUCACCUAUACGAAGAAGGAUGGUAACACCACUUAUGGUCUGACCAACAUACCUAGCAAUGCUACUAUUGGCGACCACAUCUGCGACUCAAAAACAAGUCAAACGAUUGUAUUGAGCUGGGGACCUACAUCAUCUGUACAUUCAUUCCUGAUGCGAUUCGAGACAAAGAAUUCAUCUAUUGUGCUAACCCAGAUCUAUAUUACUUUCGCUUUGAACGAUGAGGAGUAUCCGGAUGCAAAGGCCAACCAGACCAUUCAACUGCAGCGUACUCGACAAGAUGAUUUUAGAACACCAGAAAAAAUGUCAUAUCACUGCACACGUCCCCAGCAUUUCAAUCUGACCGAGACCUAUGGCAGCCAGAAUACCAUUGGGGUACUUACAAUCAGCCAGCUCCAAGUGGAGGCUUUCCGACAGGCUAAUGCCACCGGAUUCUCCUCCGUUCACGAUUGUGACAGUUCUGAGACAUCGGAUGUGGUUCCAAUUGCCGUGGGCAUUGCCCUGGUCGCCCUGAUCCUUGUCGUUCUCAUCUCUUAUUUGUGUGCACGUCGUCGAUCAACUUCGCGUGGCUAUAUGAGCUUCUAAACUAAGAUCAGUAGGUAACGGGAGCAUAGGGACGUAAUUAAAGAGAGGACAACGCGGAAGUAGAGAGAAUUGUAAGAUUGAUUUUUGAUAAUUGGCAAGUACAUCAUUUAUAUAUAUAUAUGAAUAUGAAUAUAUAUAUAUAUAUUCGUUUUCGUUUGCUUUAUGCCCAAAUUCAGAGUGAAGGAAGAAUAUCAGAAUGGUUUUGUUUAUCAAAAAUCUAGAUAAUUGUGUAUAUGUCUGUGUCCGACUUAAAUAAGUGAUUGUAUUUUCUUUUUUGUUUCGUUAAGACUCAUUACGUACAUUUUACUCUUUUACUUUUUUGAUCAAAAGAGUCGGUUCUUAAAUACAUAAGAAACAAUUUGGAACCAUAUUAUUUUACUCAAUCAAUAAUUCACGUCGCAUCCAAUGAAUGUGCAAUGCGAAAAAUAAACAGAUAUGCGAGGAAAAACAGGAAGAGGUGAAAACGAACGACUGGGCUCCUAAUUAAUAGAAAGACGUUAGUUAACACAUUAUUUUCCGCUCCCCAAAAAUAAUAAUUAUGUAAUUGAUUUUAAACGAUCAAUGAUAUCAGUUAAACCAAUAAUUAGAACCACAACAAAUUUAUGUAUUAUUAUUGGCCUUAAUCGUGAAAUAAAAUAAUAUGAUAUGAAAAAA